ACCCCACUCGGCUCCGAUUCGUCGUCGUCGGCCGCGAGACCCACAGCACCCACUCCGACGGCUCUGCCGCGCGCGCGGAUCGGCGGGCGCCCGUGAUGGCGUACAUGUGCGCGGACAGCGGCAACCUCAUGGCCAUCGCGCAGCAGGUGAUCCAGCAGCAGCAGCAGCAGCAGCAGCAGCAGAGGCACCACCACCACCUGCCGCCGGUGCCGCAGCAGCAGCACCACCACCAGCAGAAGCACCACCAGAUGCCGCAGGCGCAGGCGCCCUCGUCGCACGGCCAGAUCCCGGCCGCGCUCUCGUACGGUGGCGCGGCGUGGCCCGGCGGGGAGCACUUCUUCGCGGACGCGUUCGGGGCGUCCGCGGGCGACGCGGUGUUCUCCGACCUCGCGGCGGCCGCGGACUUCGACUCGGACGGGUGGAUGGAGAGCCUGAUUGGAGACGCCCCCUUCCAGGACUCCGACCUGGAGCGGCUCAUCUUCACCACCCCGCCGCCGCCUGUGCCUUCCCCACCCCCUGCGCAUGCCGCCGCUCGGCCGGAGCCUGCCCCAGCGUUGCUCCCCCUGCCCACCGCUUCUACCCCGGUGGCGUGUUCAUCUCCGAGCUCCGCGGACGCCUCCUGCUCCGCUCCUAUCCUCCAAUCUCUCCUCUCGUGCUCCCGCGCCGCGGCGACCGACCCUGGCCUCGCCGCCGCGGAGCUCGCCAGCGUCCGCGCCGCCGCCACUGAUGCCGGGGACCCAUCGGAGCGCUUGGCCUUCUACUUCGCUGACGCGCUCACCCGCCGCCUUGAGUGCGGCACGGGAGCUCCGCCCUCCGUGGCGGCAGACGCGCGGUUCGCCUCCGACGAGCUCACGCUCUGCUACAAAACGCUCAACGAUGCCUGCCCCUACUCCAAGUUCGCGCACCUCACCGCCAACCAGGCCAUCCUGGAGGCUACCGGCGCGGCGACCAAGAUCCACAUAGUUGACUUCGGGAUCGUGCAGGGCAUCCAGUGGGCAGCGCUGCUUCAGGCGCUCGCCACCCGGCCCGAGGGGAAGCCAACAAGGAUACGGAUCACCGGCAUCCCCUCGCCGUUCCUGGGGCCACAGCCCGCGGCGUCCCUUGCCGCGACCAGCACCCGUCUCCGUGACUUCGCCAAGCUCCUCGGAGUGGACUUCGAGUUCGUUCCAUUGCUUCAGCCCGUGCACGAGCUCGAUCAGUCCGAUUUCUUGGUUGAACCAGAUGAGGCUGUGGCCGUCAAUUUCAUGCUCCAGCUGUACCACCUUCUUGGUGACUCCGACGAACUGGUAAGGCGAGUGCUUCGUCUUGCCAAAUCGCUCAGUCCAGCAGUGGUUACCCUUGGAGAGUACGAGGUCAGCCUGAACCGAGCUGGAUUCGUCGAUCGGUUUGCCAAUGCGUUAAGCUAUUACCGGUCACUGUUCGAGUCGCUGGAUGUGGCAAUGACCAGAGACUCGCCGGAGAGGGUGAGGGUAGAGCGGUGGAUGUUCGGGGAGCGAAUUCAGAGGGCCGUCGGGCCGGAGGAGGGUGCAGACAGAACGGAGAGGAUGGCCGGUAGCUGCGAGUGGCAGACUCUGAUGGAGUGGAGCGGCUUCGAGCCUGUGAGGCUUAGCAACUACGCCAGAAGCCAGGCUGAUCUUUUGCUUUGGAACUAUGAUUCCAAGUACAAAUAUUCACUUGUUGAACUGCCACCGGCGUUCUUGUCCCUGGCAUGGGAGAAACGGCCAUUGCUUACUGUGUCUGCUUGGAGGUGAGUAAACUUUUUUUGGAGUAUUUGUGUUGUGUGGCCAAUGUGAUAGUAGAAUCUAGGAGGAAAUAGUUAGGAAAUCAUUUUGCAGCUUUUGUUGUAGUUUCCUCCAAAACUGUGUUUAGGAUGAUUGGUAUAAUUGGGAAAUUUAGUUGAAUUAUCUUGCUUGGUGUUUGUGCUGC